AUGGAUCUGGAUUAUGUCAGUUAUGACGACUACACUUCAGUCAAUGAAAGUGACUUCAACUCGAGUUCCGUUGGACAGUUCGCCUUCACCAGCUCACAGACGGCGUUGACCCCGGUGCUGGUCACCAUAAACGUCUUUAUUUCUGUGUUUGGUCUUGUUGGAAACUCUUUGGUCAUCUGGAUCUGUGGAUGUAAAAUGAAAAAGACGGUGAUAACCACGUGGUACAUCAGUCUGGCUGUUUCUAACCUGGUGUUCUGCGUCUUCCUGCCGCUCGAGGUCUUCUACAUGGUCACUCUGCACUGGCCCUUCGGUCUGCUCAUGUGCAAACUCACCUCCUCCGUGUUGUUCUUGAACAUGUACAGCAGCGUGUUCCUCUUGGUGCUGAUCAGCGUGGACAGGUGUGUGAUGGUGUCGUUUCCUGUUUGGUCACAGAAUCACCGGUGUCCGUGGAAGGCCCUGGCGCUUGUUGCCGUGUUGUGGGUGUUUUCCGGCCUCCUGACUCUGCCCUCGAUGAUCUACAGACACAUCACUGUCCAUGGAACGGUCACUCAGUGUUAUUCAGAUUACAGAGACACGUCGCAUCACGCAGCCGUGGCACAAACGCGCUUCAUCUGCGGCUUUGUUAUUCCCUUCUUCAUCAUCGUCAUUUGUGGGGCAGUGCUUGUGUUCCAGCUGAAGAACGUGACUCUUAAAUCUACAAAACCCUAUAAGAUCCUGUCCGCUCUGAUCUGUUCGUUCUUCUUCUGCUGGGUUCCUUAUCACACGUUUAUCCUCCUGGAGUUAGACUUGAAGAGGCACAGUUCGGACGUGCUCCACACUGGCCUGAAGGUCGGUGCGACCUUGGCCGCAGCAAACAGCUUCAUGUCUCCUGUUCUCUACGUGUUUAUCGGGAAUGACUUUAAAACCACUUUAAAACGCUCCCUGACGUCCAGGAUCGAAACAGCACUGGCCGAAGAUCUACGCUCGAGAUCCAAGUCCAUAGAAAUCGCAUAA